AUGGAGGAAGACGCCGCGACAGGAUGCGCCCCAGAAGAGGCACCGGAGGAAGCAGGAAGAGACCAGGACCAGGACACUGUAGACUGCAAACCCAAGAUGGAGGACAGAAGGCAGCCCCAUGAAACUAUGAGAUCCCCUCAGAAAGCAACUCCACAGCCGGUGAAAGAGGAGCCGGAAGAGGGCUUCUCCCACCAGUGGGAAUCCCAGUGGCAGGACUUCCUGAGGACAGUGGAUCCCCCUUGCCAGGGCCCAGAAGCCCAGCCUGAGGAGCCCACACCGUGGGGCGACACAAAGGCCUUCCUGGCCUCUUUUGAGCAAGUGGCCGCCGCCUGCCGCUGGCCCCGGGAGGAGUGGAUGGCGCGGCUCUUGCCGGCCCUCCGAGGAGAAGCCGAGUUGGCCUUUGGCUUGCUGGAGGACAGAGACCGGGAGGACUACGGGAAGGUGAAGGCGGCCCUCUUGCGCAGAGAUGCCCUCGGCCGGGAGAGGCGGCGGCAGCACUUCCGGCGCUUCGGCUAUGGGGAGGCCAAGGGGCCCCGGGCCGUUCAUGGGCGGCUCCAGGAGCUGUGCCACCAGUGGCUGGCCGUCGAGAGGCACUCCAAGGAGCAGAUCCUGGAGCUCCUGAUCCUGGAGCAGUUCCUGACGGUCCUGCCGCCCGAGAUCCAGGGCUGGGUGAGGGAACGGGGCCCCGAGACCUGCUCCCAGGCAGUGGCCCUGGCGGAGGACUUUCUGCUCAGGCAACAAGAGGCCGAAGGAGACGGAAGCCAGGUGAUUUUUCCGCAAAGGUGCUCUGCUGUGGGACUUAAGGAUCUGGGUCUAGAAAGCGCACCCUCCAGGUCUAGUUUUUGGCUACAGCUGUGCCCACAGCCUGGCCUGGCCUGACCCUCACAGUUGCCCCACAGAGUAAAUAACAGGACACCCGAAAUCUAGAUGCUCAAGUUUGCAUUGCAUUCCUAUUUUCCCUCCCUUCCGAUAUAGGUAGGAAAGCCUUAUUGGUUAAUAAUGAUCAUGAUAAUUUUAUUAUUUGUAUCCUGCCUAUUUGACUGGCUUGCCCCAGCCUCUCUGGGUGGCUUCAAACAUAUAUAAAGAUAUAAUAAAACAUCAAACGCUAAAAACUUCCCAAUGCAGGGCUGCUUUCAGAUUAUCUUCUAAAGGCUAUAUAGUUACUCAUCUCCUUGACACCUGAUGGGAGGGCGUUCCACAGGGUGGGUGCCACUACCGAGAAGGCCCUCUGCAAAUAAUUAUUGCACCUUCUCCUCCAAGGAGCUCCAGGCAGGGUACAUGGCUCUGCUCCUCAUUAAUCCCCACACCAACCCCCUUGCAAGGUAGAUCAGGCUGAGGGGCAGUGGCUGCCCCUAAAGGUCACCCAGGGAGCUUCUUGGCUGAGUGGGGAUUUGAACCCUGGUCACUGAGGUCAUAGUCUGACACUCUAACCACUACACCACCCUGGCUUUACGAUCAGCCAUGGUCGCCAACCUUUUUGGGACCGGUUGGCACAUUUUGAAUGUUGAGAAAGUGCUGUAGGCUUCCACGGGGAGUGUGGUGUGACAUAAUGCAAAAUUAGAAAGAAUAUAAAGGUAAAGAGACCCCUGACCAUUAGGUCCAGUCGUGGCCGACUCUGGGGUUGCGCCUCAUCUCGCUUUAUUGGCCGAGGGAGCUGGCGUACAGCGUCCGGGUCAUGUGGCCAGCAUGGCUAAGCUGCUUCUGGUGAACCAGAGCAGCGCAUGGAAACGCCGUUUACCUUCCCGCCGGAGCGGUACCUAUUUAUCUACUUGCACUUUGACAUGCUUUCGAACUGCUAGGUUGGCAGGAGCUGGGACCGAGCAGCGGGAGCUCACCCCCUCACGGGGAUUCGAACCACCGACCUUCUGAUAGGCAACCCCUAGGCUCUGUGGUUUAAACCACAGCGCCACCCGCGUCCCAGAAAGAAUAUAGUCAUUGCUCUUUCUCUCACCCACAAUCUUAUGCUUGCCAUUCAGUCACCCAGGUUUUGCUGGUCCUGACUGUGGGCAUCACACAAUAUUGAUUUCUCUCACACAAACAUGCAGCAUGUGAAGACCACUAACAAGCAUUAGCCUCUCUCACAAACACUCAUACAUAUAUUGUACCUCUGUCUCUCUCGCACACUCCUCCCUCUCUCUGCUCAAGUGCAUCUCUCUCAGUCGCACCCACAGAGCAGGCUGGAUAAACCCAUCACCCCAUUGAAUCUCCUAUAGAUUCACGGGGGUUGCCAACCUGUUGCCCAGGGAGGCCUCUGCAUUAGCUAGAAGAUGCAUCCACUGAGGGUCCUGCUGUUCCCUCUGUGGCCUCCACCUGGCCAGUUGCCCCAGGCAGAAAGCCUCCAGGAGCUCCUUCGCUCUGUCCUGCUGGAGCUGCCCCUCUGGCUGGGGGCCAGUUGCUGUGGGUGGGCAACAAUCAGACAUGGAGACAGGCAGCCUGUAUCUGACCCCCCAAUGUGGCCAUGGGGCUGCUAAGUUGAGACUGGGAUAGCGAAUCGGGAUCAAGGGGGUCCCUGUUCUGAAAGGCUUCCUUGCUGCUCUUGCAGGUGGCCUUUGAGGUGGUGGCUGUGAAUUUGUCCGAGGGAGAAACUGCUCCUGAUGGUGGGGAGCUGGAGGGGCUCCUGUGCGCUGAAACAAAGCAGGAGGAGGAGGACCAGGAAGCCAGCAAGUUGGGUAAGAGGGGGGUGCCUUGCGCCCGAGUUCCUGCUGGUCUGAGUUCCUCGUUUCUCAGCUCAGGAGAUGCUCUUGCCAUCAGAAUAUCCAGGCUCUUUGGGGUUUCUAAGGAUGGGAGGCGGGGACAGUGCCCUGAAGAAACACUCUCUCGAUGCAAUUUGUAUUUCUCUCUGGUGGCUCCCAUUGUUAUCCUCACCAAUGCAUUAAUUGCUGGUGUAAUAAUAAUAAUAAUAAUAAUAAUAAUAAUAAUAAUAAUAAUAAUUUAUUAUUUAUACCCCGCCCAUCUGGCUUGGCUUCCCCAGCCACUCUGGGCGGCUUCCAACAAAAUUUUAAAAUACCGUAAUGCAUCAAACAUUAAAAGCUUCCCUAAACAGGGCUGCCUUCAAAACUGCAAACAGAUCUAUUUAAAACAAAGCAAGCCCAAUACAAAGAAGGAGGUGUUCUUGCAGAGAUUCAUUCAUUCAUUCACUGGGAAAGCCUGUAGGAACAAAUAUAUCUUCAACUGUUUCAGGAAUGUGCAGAUAGUUGGUGCCUGUCGUAUCUCAGCAGGAAAGCUGCUCUGCAGAACAGGAGCAGCCAUACGUGAAGCCCUGCUCUGAGUAACUGGGGGGCGGGUAACUUAAGUGCAGGAUGGUACAUACCUCAGAUGUACUGCGGCAAACGUCAUUAAACCAAACGUCCAGCAGUUAUUUAGGUAAAAAAACCUAAAGAUUGCUUGGGCCUCUCUCAACUCCCUUCUGUGAGCUUGCUAAUGCUGUUCCCCCUACUGAAUGGGUCAUGUUAUUGUUUGUUUAUUACAUUUGUAUAUCACCAUUCCCCGACCCCCCAGGAGCUCAAGGUGGCAUAUGCUGUUAUCUUCUCCCCCAUUUAAUCCCAACAACCAUGUGAGCUGGGUUAGGCUGAGAGUGAAUGACUGGUCCAAUAUCACCCAGUGAGCUUCAUGGCCCAGUGGGGUGGAAAAUUUGAACCCUGGUCUCCCAGGUCCUUUGCCCCAUCACGCUAACCAUUACACCACACUGCCUCCCCCUAAUGUUCUGAAUCUCCACCCUUUAUUUCCCCUGCUUUGAAACUCUUGUUUCUUUCCUCUAGCGCAGGGAAAGAGUCAUUUGGGAUUCUCUCAUUUCUUACGCAGGCAAAGAAUGGAUGGCCGCACACGAGAGGGAGACGUUCACAGCGGAAGAUCCGGGCCGAGCAGGGGUGUCCCUGUGGAAAGCGGAAGAGGUGGUUCCCCAGUGCCGCUUCCAGGAAAAUGCUGGCGCCAGUCAGGAGAGGCCUGAGGGCCAGCUGAGGACCGACCCCGGAGGAGAUGGAGACGCAUCUGUACGUUUUGGGGGAGAUUACACAGCCCUCAUUGUGACCACCGUCCAGGCAGGAGUGGACACAGGGAAGAAGCGGAAUACCUGCCGAGCUUACGGGAAAAGCUUUGGCCCGGGUUCCGGCAUGCUCAAGAGCCGCCGAGCGGGAGCCAAAGCCCACAAAUGCCAGGUCUGUGGGAAGUUCUUCCUUUCCGGCUCCAAGCUCAUCAUCCACCAGAGGACCCACACGGGAGAGAAGCCCUACGAAUGCUCGUCUUGUGGGAAGACGUUCAGGUCCAGCUCUGUCCUGUACCGUCACCAGAGGAUCCACACGGGAGAGAAGCCUCACAAGUGCCCCGUCUGCGGGAGGAGGUUUGGCAGCAACUCCAACCUCAAUCGGCACCAGAGGAUCCACACCGGGGAGAAGCCGUACGAGUGCGCGGAAUGCGGGAAGAGCUUCAUCCAGAGGGCCAACUUGAAUAAGCACCACAAAAUCCACCAGGGGGACGGGAAAAGCCGGGAGGGUUUCAGCAGGAGCUGA